GAGAUUUAUAUUAGAUGCUUUAUAUAUGUGAUGCACCUGCUAGGCAAUAUCUGAAACGUAUUGUGGGGCAUGCAUCUUAUAACGCUUGUGAAAGGUGUAGGCAAUCAGGGGAUUAUAUUUUUAACAGAAUGUGCUAUGCUACCAAAAUAAUUGGGCUCAGAUCAGACGAGGAUUUUAUUCAUCAAUCCGAUCCAGACCAUCAUGUUGGGGUUUCACCUCUUUUAAGAUUAAAUUUAAAGAUGGUUUCUCAGUUUGUUCUUGAUCCAUUUCAUUUAGUUCUUGAAGGUGUAGUAAAAAGGUACUUGCAAUUUAUUUUAAAGGGCACGAAAUCAGGAAUGCGAUUGAGAGGUGAAAGCAUUCUUGAGCUCUCUCGGAGAUUGGUAGAGUUGCGUAAACACAUUCCAUGGGAAUUUGCUCGCAAACCAGUUGGACUGGAGCAAUUAGGAAAAUGGAAGGGAACCCAGUUGAGGUUUUUCCUGCUCUAUGGAGGGUGUGUAGUACUGAAAGAUAUUGUGGCUGAAACCUUCUACAAAUUAUUUCUAAUGCUCCAAAUAGCAAUUACGAUAUUUUCUGUACAGAAAUUUAUCGACGAUGAAAAUUUUUUUUUAUUUGCUAGAGAUCUUAUAACUCAAUUUGUCAUUUUAUCCUCUAAUAAAGGGGUAUUUGAAGAAAAAUUUUGUGUUUACAAUGUUCAUGGGUUAUUGCAUCUCCAUGAGGAUGUAAAAAGGUAUGGAGAAAUUUCAAAUAUAAGUGCGUUUCCGUUUGAAAGCUAUUUGGGAAUAUUCAAACAGAUGCUAAGAUCUCCAACCAAGCCAGCCCAAGAACUAUUGCGUAGACUAGCUGAGAGAGAUUUUUUAAAUGAUUUUUCUAAGAGGGCAGCUGAUUUCCAGUCUCAUUUGACACCUAAGAAUGCUGUGCAUGGCACCAAUAAUUAUAAGACAUUGACAUCAUCUCUGUUUACUUUAAGUUCAGUUCACAGGCGAGAUAGCUAUUUCCAGUACAAAGGAGGUGUUGCCUUUGUGUGCUCUAUCCAGAAGUUGAAAAGUGGUGAUGUUGUGAUAGUUGCCAAUAUUUGUGAUACAAACAGAAACUUUUUUGACUAUCCAUGUAAGUCUAGUUACUUCGGAAUUUAUAAUCUGGAUGAUAUGAAGUGGACUCAAAGAAAUGUUGUCAUCCCAGUUGAUGCAGUAACAACCAAGUAUGUUGUUCUGCCUUACAAGAAUGACAAUAUUGCUAUCCCUUUACUGCAUUUAUUUUAAACAAACUCACAGAUUAUGUUAUAUAUCUAUUUUUCUUUCUAU